GGAAUAUUAACACAUUUCACAUCCGGGUGAAAGUGGAAACAUGCUUGUUUUCAUCACACCUCAGCCUCUUUAGCCAGUGGUUAUGCCUCUUAUAUUGAUGUGUGGAUAUCCCUGUAGUGGUAAAACACGAAGGACAGAAGAACUGAAGGUGUAUUUUGAAGGAAACACGGAGAGAAAGGUUCAUGUUGUGGGAGACGGAGCCCUGGAUGUUGAGAAAAACUGUGUUUACGCAGAUUCCCAGAAGGAAAAAAAUGUAAGAGCAUCUCUCAAAGCUGAAGUGGAGAGAAAAGUCAACAAGGAUGACAUUGUAAUUCUGGAUUCAUUAAAUUACAUAAAAGGCUACCGGUAUGAACUCUUCUGUCUCACCAAACACGCACAGACACCACAGUGCCUGGUGUACUGUUUGACAUCAGAUGAAGUGAGCUCAAGGUGGAAUUCAGAAAGAGAUGCUGCUGAGCAGUACACUCAGGAAAUCUUUGAUGCUCUAGUGCUGAGGUUUGAAUCCCCAGACUCCAGAAACAGAUGGGACAGUCCUCUCUUCACUAUACUGACAGAUGACACUCUGCCAUAUGAAGCCAUUUCUGACGCACUCUUCAAAAGGAAAGCACCUCCUCCUAACCAGUCUACUCAGAGCCAACCACUGUCAUCUACAAACUUUUUGUAUGAGUUGGACAAGAUCACACAAGAAGUGUUAAUGGCCAUUUUUAACGCACAGAAGACGAGUGUUCCUGGGGAUCUUCUCACAGUUCCAGGGGCUACAGAAAAAAUAUCCUUUUUACACAUCUUUUGCACACAAAACAAUUCAAAUGACCUUAACCCAUCGUUCAACAUCGAGCUGACCCGUAGCAUCAACAUGGCAGAGCUGAGGAAGUUACGGCGCCAGUUCAUCAGCUACACCAAGAUGCACCCGACAGAAAACACCGGGCAGAUUUCCAACAUGUUUGUGCAGUAUUUAAAUAAGAGUCUACAUUGAAACUGUAAAGCACUGUUUUAAUUACUUUCUUGUGACAAAUAAAUGUUUUUAUUUUUCAUGUG